AUGAAGAGCACUCUCAAGAGAGAAGAGAAGGAAUCAUGUAGCUGCAGUCGCAGUACUAAGCCUUCACAUUCUGAAGCUUCCGUUAAUCUCUCUCUUAGCCUCACCUUUCACUCUACUUCUCCAAAUAGAGAGAGAAGACAAGACUGGCCACCUGUAAAAGCUCGAUUGAGAGAUACACUAAAGGGUCGUCGUCUUGUUCAUCGCGGUGACGAAUCAUCUCUCUUUGUUAAGGUUUAUAUGGAAGGUGCUCCCAUUGGGAGAAAACUCGAUCUUUGCGCAUUCUCAGGCUAUGAAAGUCUAUUAGAAAAUCUCUCUCACAUGUUCGAUACUUCAAUCAUCUGUGGUAAUCGAGAUAGGAAACAUCAUGUUUUAACAUAUCAAGAUAAGGAUGGAGAUUGGAUGAUGGUCGGAGAUAUUCCAUGGGAGUAA